AUGGCGUCCGCCGGAAUCAGCAGCAUGGGGAAUGGCAAGGCCGUGCGUGCGCUGCUCGCCAUCGUCGCCGUCAUCGCCGGUACGCUCCGUCAUUCGCUCCGCUCUCUCGCCCCGCGCUCUCAUGCGCCAUCGUGCUCACGCCGUCAUGCGUUCAAUGCACCACUCGACAGCGCGCACACGCGAUGGAUGCCCAACGAACUCGCUCCUUCGUCCGUGCCCCUCCCAUGCCACAUGCCGCUCCCUUGCAGCGUGUCUCCCCCAGCCGUCGCAAGCAGCAGCAGCAGCGAGCGUGUCGGUCCCAGUGCCGAUAGGCACGCCGAUGACAAUCAACGGGCGCACAUUCAAAUUCUCGCCGCGCCGCUGUGUCAACCUUCCCGCCAUGUCGCCGUCUCAGAAGGCGCGGGUGGUGGUGCCGUGGCAGCAGGCGAGCAUGUCUGGCAAGGCUAUGUGCCGCGCGAUCUGGUUCUUCCAGGAUCCCGCGUGCAAAGGACAGACGUUGGACGUUUUCGUGAAUGGCCAACAGAGGUGCGCCUUCCAUUCUUGCUCGCCUUGCUUCCAUGCUCCUAUGCUCUUGAUGCCGCUCGUUUGCUCCCCCACCUGAUCAACGAUCGUUGCACUCGUGGCGCCCUCCCUCCCCCUGUGUGCAGUGAGAAGCGCAUCUCCGGUGCAGCAAGGUCCGCCCUCUGCCUCGUAGUCCAGUUCGCUGCGCUGCAGAGCGCACGACGCGAGUGGGUGGCAGGCUGCCGCGCCUCAUCUCUGCAUUCGCCUUCCCCCUUUCCCCCCUUCCCCGUUUCCCCCUUUCCCCCGGUCCGCACGGCGCUGUGCGGCAGACAACAUGUGUCGGUAUGCGCGCUGCCCUGCCGGCUCUGA